ACUACCGCUGUUCACACACAUUUAUACACAUAAAGCGACUUAUAGUGUGACUAUAAUAAUGUUAAAACGCUCCAUAAUCUCAGCGUUUUGGAAAACUAAGGUGGAUCCAAAUGCGCCCAAAAGUUUUGUGCGUAUUCCACAAAAGAAGCCCUACGUCGUCAACCUGGAGGCAGGUCGCAAGUACCUCUGGUGCUCAUGUGGCCUUAGUGAAAAACAGCCGUUCUGUGAUCAAUCACACAAAGCAUACAACAAAAAGUGGAACACCAAAUUAAAACCAGUGGAGUUCACUGUGAAGAAAAACAAACGUCACAUGCUUUGUGGAUGUAAACAUACACAGAAUCAACCAUUCUGUGAUUUCUCGCACCCAGGUGUCAUCUUCCGCACUGCGGUUGGCCUUGAAAAGGAACCGAUUCCAUGUAAAAUCCCUAACAAAGAAAAGCACUAAAAAAGAAAGUGGGGAUAAUAAUGGAAAAGGACGAAAGAUGGUUUUUAAAAUUAGACUAAUAUUGCUUAGUAACCCCUUCUAUUAUGGACCCUAUUUACACUCUUUCAAAAAAAACUAGAUAGAUUGUGCGCUAUAAAAAUACCUUGUCUGUUGUACACCUUUUUUUUCUAUGGUUAUCAGCUAGGUAAUAAUUUUUUACUUUGAAAUGAUAUGAUUAUGGUUUUUUAUGAAGGAAAAGUAAAGCUGUCAAAAAAAUUGUAUUAUAGGUGCUUAUUUUUACCUUUGGUCGCGCACUAUGAAUUAGACCCCUUCUUGAGAAUACAUCCUUCCCUUUUGAUGUCAAAAAGUAGGGGUCAUUAUUUUAAUAUUCCUAAAAAAAAAGGUGUUACAUAGAGAAAACAGUAUUUAUAGGAAACUAAAAUCUAAUAUAAUAUAACUCCCCUUCUUAUAUGAAAUAGUUGCAAUGUAUUCACACUUAUCUACACUUAUUGGAAAAAUAUUAUGAAAUAUUAUGUUACAUCUAAAGAGGUACAUUAUCACCUUUCCAAUGAAAAAAGGUCGCUUUAUUGUUGAGACACUCGCACCGCAAUAGUAAAAAUACUAAAGGAAUAAUAUACACAAAUUUCCUAUCGAAUAUUUUAUUUACUAGGUUUUUCCUUACACAAAAAA